AUGGGAAGGGCAAAGAAAGCUCAAAAGUUUGCAGUGAUGAAGAAGAUGAUAAGCCACAAAGCUUUGAAGCAUUAUAAAGAGGAGGUUCUGAAUCCAAACAAGAAGGAUCUCACUGAACUUCCGAGAAACGUUCCGAAUGUUCCUUCAGGGAUGUUCUUUUCUCACAACACUAAUUUGGUUCCUCCUUACCGAGUUUUAGUGGAUACUAACUUCAUCAACUUCUCAAUUCAGAAUAAGAUUGAUCUUGAGAAGGGAAUGAUGGACUGUCUGUACGCAAAAUGCACGCCUUGUAUCACGGACUGUGUCAUGGCUGAGCUAGAGAAGUUAGGUCAGAAGUAUCGUGUAGCUCUAAGGAUUGCGAAAGAUCCUCGCUUUGAAAGGCUACCUUGUAUACAUAGAGGCACAUAUGCUGAUGACUGUCUUGUUGACAGAGUCACUGAGCAUAAGUGCUACAUCGUGGCUACUUGUGAUAGAGAUUUAAAGCGAAGGAUUCGCAAGAUUCCUGGUGUACCGAUCAUGUUCUUGGCAGGACGCAGAUACUCAAUAGAGAAGUUGCCUGAAGCAACUAUCGGUGGAGGUAUGAAUCUUUCGACUGGGAUAUCUGAAUCUAAGGAGUACUUAGGUAUUAGCUUAUUCGAAUUCGCUUUUGUAACAUUUACUGGGUUUUAUUGUGCAGCUCCAAGAUUUUGA